AUGGCAGCACCGACAGAUCAGGGCAUCGACGACGGUUGCAACUCGUUUGAUCGUGGUUGGAGUCUCCAUCUUGGCGAACGGCGGAGACUGAAAGUUCAGGCUCGGAUUGACGACGAAUGGAGAAGCUCGGCCUCUUUUCCUAUUCGACCUGAUGACGCCUACUUGAGGGGCGACAACGAGGCUUGCACCUUUAAUUUGGGGUCUAUUAAACCGAGUAUUAUGAAAGACUUGGGGUGUGCGGCGGCUAGGCUUUCUUCUUCCGCCAUGGGAAUCCUCAAAUUCACCACCAAUCUUGUGGCCAACGCCAAAUACAAAUAUAAAAAAUUCCUCUCCGCAAGUUACUCGUCUUCGAUUGUCCGCGAUGUUACGGCCUUCGGCCGCGGUACUUGCCUGGUAGAAACGUGGUGGCAUCCGCCCUAUCUGAAGCCCAACAUCAGCAGCAACAGUCUCAUGCUCGCGGUGGAGCAUGUGAGCAGCAGCAAAACAAAAACCCGCGAUUACUCUGUAAUCUCAACCGAAGGCGGCUCGUUCAAAGUAGUACACGAAAAUCUCCCCAAUUUCUCUAUGCUCAGAGCUCAAACUUAUUAUGAUGUCCUAGCGAGCUGCAACAAAUGGAUGUUUUUGAGGUGUAAAGUGGUUAGGAAAUUUGCACAUAUGCUCCUGUGGAAUCCUACGACCUACGAGGUGAGACCCCUUCCUGUAUUUGGUUGGCCGCCGCUCCUGCGUGAUGGAGUAACGUUGUAUAACGGUUGGACUCGCUGGGGCCUAGGGUUUGAUCCUUCAUCUGAGGACUAUAAAGUGAUCCGAUUUGGCCAUAUGGAGCCCGGUGAUGAUGAAGCUCACGCUGUGUUGUUCUCGCUCAAAACUGGUUCUUGGAAGGUAAUUCCGGAUCAUCAUUUUCCCGUCAUCGAACCUUUUGAUGAAAAACAUGUUCAAAUAAAUGGAAUUACCUAUUGGAUAGCUAGCCGGGUAGGUUCCGAGUGGAGAUGUCUGUCGGGCGAGGAUGAUACCCUGGAAGAUCUCGCUGUUGUUUCGUUUGACUUUGUUAAUGAGAACUUUCCACCUCUCAUCCCUACGAUUCCUAAGAGCGAUAGACUCUUUAACAUGUCUUGUUUUUGCAUUGCCGAGUUUCAUGGGUCGCUUGCAGCUAUUUUCUGUGAUAGUGUUGGGUUCGAGAUUUGGGUAUGGAAAUCGAACACCACCGAGUGGUCUCUCUAUUCCACGUACAAUUUCGAUGAUGAUGAUGUUUGUGUUGAAAGUGUAUUGGGCCUCUACAAGAAUGAUAAAGCUCUAUUUCAGGAUUCAAAGGGUUCUCUACUGCUUUACGAUUGUCAUACCCGGGAGUUGAAGGAUCUCGGCAUUCGUGGUUCUUCUCUCAUGGUUUAUCCUUAUGUCCAGAGCACGUAA